UUACAAGACACAGCUUCUUCCCUCUCCUCAUCUCUUCAAAUCUAGCUCAGUUUUCUAAGUAAUAUACACCGGGUUCUCAAUGCUGUGUAUGUUAGUUUAUCAGAAAAGUCUUAAGGUGACUAGAAGCCUUUUGCACUAGCUAGGAAUUUGCAAGAGUCUAGUUUCACACUUUGAUAAGGGAAUUUGGAAAAUUGCUCAAGGCAAUUAACCACUUGGUAGAGUUGUGAUUAGCUUUUCCCUCCAUUUUAAUUCACACGGAAAAUGAGAGAAAACAUGUCAGGAACAUGGCUGGUUGUGAUCACUGUGAUAUUGGCCACUGCAAUAUUUGCAAAAGUAAUUCAAGUCAAGUCAAGGAAGGAAAGCAAAAGAAAAUGCAGAUUACCACCAGGAAGGAGAGGGUGGCCUUUGAUUGGUGACAGCAUCAAUUGGUACAAUGCAGUUGCAAGUUCUCAUCCUCCUCAGUUUGUUGAAGAAAUGAUGCAGAGGUAUGGUAAGAUAUUUUCUUGCAGCCUAUUUGGCAAAUGGGCAGUGGUAUCAGCAGAUCCAAGCUUCAACCGGUUUGUAAUGCAAAAUGAAGGCAAAUUAUUCAUGUCAAGUUACCCUAAAUCUUUCAGAGAUUUGGUUGGUAAAAAUGGUGUGAUCACAGUGCAAGGAGAGCAGCAAAGGAAACUACACGGGAUCGCUUCGAACAUGAUGCGCCUAGAGAAGCUUAAGUUCCAUUUCUUGAAUGAUAUACAAAAGGUCAUGCUCCAAACUUUGAGCAACUUUGACAACAACCAAGUCAUUCUUUUGCAGGAUGUUUGUAGAAAGGUAGCUAUAAAUUUAAUGGUUAAUCAACUACUUGGGGUUUCAAGUGAGUCUCAAGUGAAUGAAAUGGCUCAGUUGUUUUCUGACUUUGUUGAUGGUUGUCUAUCUGUUCCUAUCAACAUCCAAGGCUUUGCAUACCACACAGCUAUGAAGGCAAGGGAGAAAAUCAUAAGCAAGAUAAACAAGACUAUAGAGGUACACAGACAAAACGGCGCUCCCACAGAAGGUAGUGGUGUACUUGGAAGACUAAUAGAGGAAGAAAGCUUGCCAGAUGGUGCUGUUGCAGACUUCAUCAUCAAUCUUCUCUUUGCAGGGAACGAAACAACCACCAAGACAAUGCUUUUUGCAGUCUAUUUCCUUACUCAAUGUCCUAGAGCCAUGAAGCAAUUGCUGGACGAACAGGAUUCUCUAAGAAGUAAUUCUGGAGAGGAAUUUCUUACAUGGCAGGAUUAUAAAGCAAUGCCUUUCACUCAAUGUGUUAUUGAUGAAACACUUAGACUUGGGGGCAUUGCAAUUUGGUUAAUGAGAGAAGCAAAACAAGACAUUCCAUACCAAGAUUUUGUUAUUCCCAAGGGAUGCUUCGUGGUUCCAUUUCUUUCAGCAGUUCAUUUAGAUGAAUUAGUAUAUAAUGGUGCUCAAAACUUCAAUCCUUGGAGAUGGAUGGAACCUGAAAAUGAGGUUAGUCCACAUACCAAACCGGAAAAGAGAAACUGGAGAACCAGUCAAUUGUAUGCACCCUUUGGAGGAGGUGCUAGAUUCUGUCCUGGAGCAGAGCUAGCUCGCCUUCAAAUUGCUCUUUUUCUUCAUCACUUUGUCACUACCUACAGAUGGACACAAAUGAAGGAAGAUAGGAUAUCCUUCUUUCCCUCUGCUAGAUUAGUGAAUGGCUUUGAAAUCUGUCUAACGAGAAGACAUGUUGAUGAAACAAAUUGAAAGAUGUCACAACAUGUUGAUCUUGAACUCCUCUGAGUUCCCAACUAUUUUUCAGUCAUUGUUUACUCUGGCUGCUCUUUUUGCUGAGUAUUCUCUCAGUUCUCCCAAGAGUGAUGUCAGAGUUUAAUUUCUUUUGUCAUGUAUAAUUAUGUAUAGAAUAGUUUUCAUACUGUAACAUGUUCUUCUUUUUUGAAACAAUACUGUAACAUGUUCACUAGGAGUCUAGUACUCAUAAAGGCUGUAUAGCAUACAACAGUCAAGUGUUGAGGUGUUUCUUAUUAUUUCAUUUUUUCCUUGAUAAA